CUCCGGUCCGUGACGCUACCCCAACUCUCUCUGGAACCACAUCAUGCCAGACGCACCGGAAGUCAAGGCCGCUACUUCAAAUGGCAUCCCUCCUCCAAGCUUCAACUUGCCAUUACCUGACAAACCAGAGAUUAUCACCGCCAACGUCCAGAAGUUGACGGAGCAAACACCUAAUCCACGGCACAAGUUCAUCUUCAAGGCCCUCAUCAAGCACCUACACCAGUUCGUCAACGAGACCAGUCUAACCACAGAUGAAUGGAUGGCAGCAAUUGAUUUCUUGACGCGCACAGGACAAAAGUGCACACCAUUGCGUCAAGAAACCAUCCUGCUAUCAGAUGUCCUAGGUGUUUCUGCUCUCGUCGACUCGUUAAAUAACCCCGUUGCGGGAGGAGCAACCGAGAACAGCGUCCUCGGUCCAUUCUUCACGGAGGAUGCUGCAGAGGUCGACUUUGGCGAAUCGAUCGCGUCUGAGGGAAAAGGAGAUUACAUGUACGUCGAAGGUCGAAUUUUGACAACGGACGGACAGCCAAUCCCUAAUGCCGUCAUCGAAACUUGGGAGACCGAUGCCGACGGAUUCUAUGAUACGCAGUACGCAGACCGCUCUUAUCCCGACUGCAGAGGUCGCCUACGCUCUGGCGACGAUGGCAGAUUUGGCUAUCGCGCUGUUGUUCCAGUAGCGUAUCCAAUUCCUGGAGACGGUCCUGUUGGUGAACUUCUUCUCCUUCUCGGUCGGCACAACAUGCGGCCAAACCAUUUACACAUGAUGGUUGAAGCCCCUGGUUUCCACAAACUCGUAACAGCAUUUUAUCCGGAUGGCUGUAAGUACCUGGAAAGCGACUGCGUCUUCGGUGUCAAGAAAUCCUUGGUAGUGAGCUUGAAGGAUAUUGUAGACGAGGAGGAAGCCCGGAAACGCGGAUUUCCUCACGGUCGCUCAUUCAAAUUAUUGCAAUAUGACAUUGUAUUACUCACGGAAGCCCAGUCUGCCAAGAUGCGUGAUGGCGUUGACCAGGAGCGCUGUAUAAUCACCGAGGAUCAUAAAAAGUUCUAGAUCAUAAUGGACAGUAUAUACGGCAUUAUCAUUAUGUAUUUCAGAUUAUUCCAUUCUCAUUGUUCUUUUGCAAAUACAUUGCUGUAAUACCGGGACUGGGAGUCGAAUCUAGCCUGUAACGAGUUUCUGAACCGCCCCGUGCGACGUGGGAUGAAAAAUGGGGAAUGAAGACCAAUUCAGAACUAAAACAUGCAACCAACAAGUUACGCCAUCUCAACAUCCUCUGCAGUAGCAGCUGUUUUCUUGGCUCCAGUAUUUGCAACACCUUUGUCAUCAGCCAUGAAAAAGUCGAGUUCUUGAUCAAGCUCCUCUGCUGUUGGGGCUUUGGAUCGCGUAGGCUUUGGAGCCUUUAUCUUCGAUGACGAGGCAACUCUUGGAGUUCGUGGUGGGCGUGCGCGAGUCGGACCGGCGC